GGGCCAGUCAGGAUGUCAGAUCGUUCAUGCAAAACUUUACCUUGCAACGAAGCGCAAAAGAUGGCAAGAGAUGCAAGGUGCAAACGGUGAAACCGAAGAACGGAUGGAAAAUGGCCCCGACAAAAAAAGCCCAAAAGAAGAAACACACUUUAAAGAGAAGAAGAAAAAAACUUGCAAUGCUGUGAUACUGAUACAUUUUAAUGAAGUUAAUUAAAUCUAAAUGCCCAGCAUUCGCUGGCUGCCCUGCCCCUGCUGCCGCCGUUUGCUGCUGUCGCUCUGGCACCGCACCGAUUGCUGCUGCACACUAACACGUUCGUUCGUUUGUUCACCCGGUCCCGGUACGGAAGAAAAGGGCAAAGUUGGGGAACACGUUUUGAGAAAGGUCAGGGUGGUGGUGGUGGUUAUUGGCGCGAAUGGUUCAAGAUUUAUCAAAUUACACCUAACAGCGCAGAGAACAGAACAGCUUCUUACUCUUCAUUGUUUCGUUACGUUUAGAGUUUGUUCGAUAUUUAGUUCUUUUUAAAUGGCUAAUUUUUUUACGAUUUAGUUUCUUUAUUUUUGCUAUUUUCUUAUAUAAAGCUUAAAAGACUAACUCGUAGCUAUCAUUUUAAUUGCGCAAUUGCAAACUGUCUGACAGUAAAUUUUCCAAAUUUAACCACUUUGAAUGUUUUAGCACCCAAACAAUGUUUAAACGUACCUAAAAGUUACCGAAUUAUUGUGAUUUUAAAUUGACACAGCUACAAACAAAAGUCUAUAACAGAGUGGCAAUAUAAAGAUGAACACUGGGAAAAGGGAAAAUUACAACAAGAUGAAGCAAAAAAAAAAACAGCACAGCCAAGGAAUGUUGAACAAGCAUCCCACAGAUUCUAGAACAGUUGAUCAGAUGGAAAUAAAGCAGCCAUGUAAGAACAAAUAAGAAAAUAAACCAAUAAACAAAUUAUUUAAAUUGUGUUCGUGCUUCCGAGCCCCGUUUGAACGAACAAAAUACGUUGAGAAAUGCAACAGCCCACAACCAUUAUCCUUCAAAACACAAACACAUGGUUACCAUAGCAACGGUAGCUAGCGGAAGAAUUGUAAACAAAAACGUACCGCGUCCCUUUAGGGACGAGCGGUCGACUCCCUGCUUCCUGUCAGUUGCACAAAACAGCGACCAUAAAGUGCCACCAGAAAAAUGCCCGAUUCCUCUCGAACGCUCGGCGAUAUCGACGAUAUCGAUAGUGCCGAGCUGCGGACACAGCUGAAGAACUGGAUCGAAGAGGAAGGCAUCGAGACGAACAUUCAGCUGCAGAUGAAGAAAAAUUUAAUCGAAAAAAUGAGCCGCACCGCUCUCGGGAAGAAAAUCGCCCUCAAGCUGCAGACCCAGCAGGGCAUCGUGCUGUCCCCGCUCGUGCUCGUGCUGAACACGCUCGUGGCCGAAUUUCUCUACACACAAAACUGCCACUUUUCGCUGUCCAUCUUCACGAACGAGGUACCGUUCAAGAACACGCUGCCCGACUUCACCCGGUCGGCCAAGUUUCGGCUGAGCCGGACCGAGCUGGGCGAAAUCUUCGAAGCGCUCGGCAUCGAACACUACGACGGGCUGGUGGAGAAGUACGACAAGUACGGCACCGGCCAGGGCAGCCGCUCACUCCUGUACAUCGUGUUCAAGACGAUCCUGGCGGUCGUCAAGACGCAGGAAGCAAAGUUACGCCACCUGAAGCGGCUAGACAAACGGAAAACAUCCGCCCAGACGCUGCUGAAGAAGCUGGAGGUGGAAAAGCUACACAAGAAUGUGGAAAAACUGCUCCACCGGGUAAAGGCCGUUGGCAAAGCGAUCGUAGAGCUGGAAAAGAGUCAACAGCAAACGCUACAGGAUGGCGCGAACGGGGAACAGGGGAAAAACAUGAACGAGCAGGCGACCCUAGACGAUGACCAGUCCGCCCGUUCGUUGCGCGUUUGUUCGGAGAAUGUUUGCAAGCUGGUCGAACGGUUGGAAACGUGUACGAAAAUGUUCGAACAGCUCAUCGAAACCGUACGCCAGCAACGCACGGAAGAUGUGCAGGACAAGGGCGAGCUCGAGGGUGAGGUUGAAGAGGACGAACCACGCCGUGACAAGCCAAAAGAAAAGCGAAAGACUUACACCGAGUUCCUGCGGGAGUUGAAAACGACCGAACAUGGUAAAAAGUAUGUGGCGAAACUGCAGAAACAAGUGACCAAACUGCUGGACAAAGAAAAACAACAAAUUGAGGCAAAGUAUGAGAAAGAGUUGCGGAAGCUUAAGCUGGAAUACGAGGAAAAGCUAGCGAAAGCGCUAGCGGCAGCACGAACAGAAACGAUCGCACAACAAACAGCGCAACCCGCACCAAUCGUCCGCAGCAUUCAAACCGAGCCACACCCCAUUGACGCUACGAGUGAGGAAAGUCAGCAUUUUAUGCGCAAAAUAGACGAAAAGCUUGACGAGCUGUACCGCCAGGAGCGGAACGUGGACGACAAGCUGGCCACGCUGCGGGACGAUCUGCAGCGGCAGGAGCAACGGCAAAGCCGCUACUUCGAAUCGCUAAAAGCGGCCAAAACGAAGGAAACCAAACUGCAGGUGCUGCACAACGUCGAGCGCGAGCUGAUGGCCAACUUCGAGGACGAAACGAACGCCAUCAUACAGAACGCGAAGCAAACGAUCGAGCAGCUGGAGAAGGAAAGCGACAAGAUCAAUCAUUCCUUUCAGCGCUAUUUGCGCAAGCAGCGCGAAGACAAGCGGAAGCUUAUCGACGAGAAGGUGCAAAUCUGGACGCGCUACAACGAUGAGAAGCUCGAGCUGAACCAGCGCGAGCUGUUAAACGAAGAGUUUGAGCGGGAGAUGAUGGUGGAGCCUGUUGCGAUUGUACCGGAAAUUGUAGUACCGGUGCAUCGGCCGGAUACGGGCGCAACGUUCGCGAAUCCUUUCCGUGCGUUCGAUCCGCUCAAAUACCUGAAACAAUCGCGUCCGGUCGAAAGCCACACGGUGGAUGUUGCGAUCGGCACCAUAUCCGAGGCGGGUAUGCAAACAUCGACAGCUGAUGAAGAGCCAGAAAAGAUGGAAACAGUCGAGCGACCAAUUCCUGCCGCCCGAGCGGCCAGCAACGCGCAGCUUUCGGACGUUUUGGCGAAGGACACGCGUGAGCUGCGGCAAAGCAUCGAAGAAAAUCUGCAAAAGCUAGACCAGAUGAGUCGCACGUACUCGAAAUCGCAAAGCUCGUCCGACAAGCAGGUGCCGUUUGCGCCUCGCAUUGAAGUGGCACAACCGCCACCGGCUCCACCACUGCCCAUGGUAGAACCAUCGUCUAAUAGAAGCUUGGAUGACUGUUCCAGCACUGAGUUGGGUUUGUCGGACGGGGAAGUUGUGUUCCCCUCCGUCCCUACGCAGCCAGUUCCCGCUGCAACACUGAACGAUUCACACGACCUCAUUGACUACGCAACACAGAACACGCAGAACGAAAAGCGCAAGCUGGAACCGGCCACAAUGGCGGUUGCUGUGAGCUAUAGUGACCUGUCGAUCAGCAGCGUCAGUGUCGCCAGCAGCAAACUCACCUACGACAAGAGCCAAAGUUUGGACGGCGAGCUGGAUCGCAUCUCUACCGGGGCCCGUUCGAAUGCAUCACAAAACAGCUGGUCGUAA